GCAGGUCAAGAAGAAGUUUUCAAGUGCCUUGGGGAAGGAAUUCUUGAUAAUGCCUUUCAGGGAUACAAUGCUUGUAUUUUUGCAUAUGGGCAAACAGGUUCAGGAAAAUCUUUCUCCAUGAUGGGAACAGCUGAUCAGCCCGGCCUUAUUCCACGACUCUGUUGUGCUUUAUUUCUGAGAGCUACAGAGUUGGAAAAUGAUUCGCAGACCUUCAAAGUGGAAGUCUCUUAUAUGGAAAUUUACAAUGAGAAGGUUCGAGAUCUAUUAGACCCUAAAGGAAGUCGACAUUCCCUUAAAGUUCGGGAACACAAGGUGUUGGGACCAUAUGUGGAUGGUUUAUCCCAAUUAGCAGUAACAACAUUUGAGGAUAUUGAGUCAUUAAUGUCUGAAGGAAACAAAUCUCGAACUGUUGCUGCAACUAACAUGAAUGAAGAAAGCAGCCGAUCACACGCUGUAUUUAAUAUCAUUGUCACUCAGACUUUGUAUGACCAUCAGUCUGGUAAUUCUGGAGAGCGAGUCAGUAAAGUGAGCUUGGUGGAUUUGGCUGGCAGUGAGAGAGUUUCGAAAACGGGUGCUGCGGGAGAACGUCUCAAGGAAGGAAGCAACAUCAACAAGUCACUAACAACUUUGGGUUUGGUUAUAUCUUCUUUGGCCGAUCAAGCUGCAGGGAAAGGGAAGAACAAAUUUGUGCCUUACAGAGAUUCUGUGCUAACAUGGCUUCUUAAGGACAAUUUGGGUGGCAACAGCAAGACUGCCAUGAUAGCAACAAUAAGCCCAGCAGCAGACAACUAUGAAGAGACCCUGUCCACACUACGGUAUGCUGAUCGAGCUAAAAGGAUAGUCAACCAUGCUGUGGUGAAUGAAGAUCCUAAUGCCAGAGUUAUCCGAGAACUGCGGGAAGAGGUGGACAAACUCAAAGAACAACUGUCAAAGGCAGAGGCUAUGAAAGCACCUGAACUGAAAGAAAAAUUAGAAGAAUCUGAGAAAUUAAUUAGAGAACUGACAAUUACCUGGGAAGAGAAGCUGAGGGAAAACAGAAGCUAUUGCCCAGGAAAGGCAGAAGCAACUGGAAAGCAUGGGGAUCUCUCUACAGUCUUCCGGUAUUAAAGUUGGCGAUGACAAAUGUUACCUGGUGAACCUCAAUGCUGACCCCGCGCUUAACGAACUGCUGGUUUAUUAUUUAAAGGACCACACGAAGGUGGGUGCGGACACUUCUCAGGACAUACAGCUUUUUGGCAUUGGGAUUCAACCCGAGCACUGUGUGAUCGACAUUGCCACUGAUGGGGAGAUUUCCUUAACACCAAAAGAAAACGCACGGACAUGUGUAAAUGGGGUGCAGAUAUGCCUCACUACCCCCUUGUGGCAUGGAGACAGGAUCCUUUGGGGAAACAACCAUUUCUUCAGGCUGAACCUGCCAAACCGGAAACGAAAAGACUGGCUGAAGGAAUUUGAGAAAGAAGCUUGUAGUACUGAAACUGAUCUGGAUGCGACAAGUGAAGCUUCAUCAGAACCAGACUAUAAUUAUGAAUUUGCACAGAUGGAAGUGAUAAUGAAGGCUUUGAACAGCAAUGGU